ACCGCGACAAAUCGCUCCUCGCUGAUUGGGCGCAGCUCCUAAUCAACCGAUCGUUACGUCGUCUCGACGAUUAUCGUUCAGAUGCUUCGCCUAGAUCAUUGUUAGACUAUUCUUGCUUAGAUCGUUUCGCUGUACUAAUUACUACGAUUGUUAUCACUAUUGUCUUGAACCGAAUAUUAUUUUUAUAUCUAUUAUUGUUAUCGUUUGAAAUAAAUUGUGCAUUAUUAAAACAGUCGAAACUAAUAAUCCCGGUUGUGUCUACGGAAGCGACUCGUUCUUCCAAUUCUUAUCGAGACGAAUCUCAAUUCUACUUUUAUUUACAAAUAGCUUAAACGCGAUCGAGGAAUUCCUUCUCCGCGGCACAAUCGACAAAUUCUUUUCUGCGACUUCACCGCCAAUCAAUUCUACUCUCUCUCGGAGCAGAAUAAGGAGUAGAUGUCAUUUGAUUGGUUUGCCUGACGUCGUCAGACAUAUCGUUGAGUACCAGUGUCGUGCCAUAGAACUGCACACAGCAGGCGAGGGCCAAAAAAAAGGCACAUUGAUCUCACGUAGCAGGAACUCCUCGAAGGGAAUUUAUUUUUCCGAGGCCCGUGCUUCGUGAGACGCAACAAUUGGUAUAUAAGGAUCGGUGUUCCCCGUUUGCAUUUGUAGUUCAUAUUUUGUCCAUACCCGUUUGUCGCUGAAGUUGCGCACGCUUUAAGCGAAAGGUAACGAACAGUCUUGUGCGACGGUUCGAACUCCUCGUUCGAACGUCAUGCCCGUCACGGCGCGCGAUUAGAAGAGUUUUUUCUUGUGAAAACGUCACUCCUACGUUAUUGUCAAAGGAUAAUAAACAAUUGAUUGAGUAAUAUAUAUACAUUCAAUGUAUAUAUGUUGCAAUAUAAAUGACUCCAUGCAACAUUGCCGAACUAGCAAAAACUAGUAGGGACAAUAAGUUAAUAAACGGCUAAAAAAAUGUUAACUUACAAAUUAUAGAUGUUAUAACCUAUUCUGCUAUAAUCAAAGUAUAAAGUGAAUCAUGAAUUUUAACAAAGAAAAUUCAGAUGUUUACGAUCUUAUAACUGAACUAAGUAAACAGAUAUGUCAAAAACAGUGUCUUUCGUUAGAACAUCCAUACCUACAAAGCAGGAAUGAUAUAACCAAAAUAAAGAAAUUAAGAAGUAAAGCUUUCGAGAUACUGUUAAAUAAGAGUCUGAAAACACAAUAUAAUUAUGAUGAGACAAUGAAGGAAAGAAAAGAUCCUAUAAUAGAGAUAUAUAAGUAUGCGUUUGUAUUAAAACUUCAUAUGAGACAUGUGUCGGAAGGUAUAUUAUUAGAAAGCCUUGUGGAUGAAUUUAAUGCAAACGAUUUACAAACAGGAAGCGUCGUAUAUUUAGUUUUACAACUGCUUACCGAAUUAAAAAAUUAUCAUAAUAAUCAAGAACCUGAUUUAAAUAUUUUUUAUUACUCAAGCGUCAAUCCUGCAUUAUUGGAGCCUCUUCGGACGUUGGAGAAUACGUCACAAUUUCCGAUAUAUCCUAUAGAAACGUUUAUGCUAUCGAACAAAUUGGAUGCGAUGCUUGAUAUUCAGAAAUGUCAUAUCAUACAACAGACAACUGCAAAUUCCAUAAAUAGAUCGUGUUUAUAUAAUCAGGAUAUAUCGACAUUUUCAAAUAGAUUAGAGUCUACUAGGUGUAAAAUUGAUAUCGGUUGGUUUCCUAUACCAAAGUGUAUAACUGAUUUCUCCUUUAGAGAUACUAUUUCAUAUUUCUUACCACAGACUAUGACAGAUAUGGAUUACAAUACAAAUUAUAUGGAUAAAUCUAAAAAAGAAACAGAAGUGGAACGAAAUAUGCCUUGGUUGAAUACGAAAUUUGUAAAUAGAUCUAUUGAAAGCGUUUCGGAUAUAUGCAGAUCAUCUAGUGAAAACCUUUAUAAUGAAAUUGUAAACGUUAAAGACAUUUAUGAAGAGACAUGGGAUAACAUAGACAUAACAAACACUUUGAUACUCGAUUGUCGUACAUGGGAAACUUUGGGAGAAUUUGAAUCUGCAAAGCAGUAUAAUUUUUUAACAGAUACUCCAAAUGCUAUGUUACAUUUAACAAGAAUAAAACAGAUUUGCACUUUGUUAUUACUUCCGAAAAGGGUUAUCAAUAGUAUAGAUUUGCCAGAAGAAAUUUCAACUAGAGAAUUCGUAAUGAAUAUAAAAUUAUUGUUAUUGGGUACAGAAACAAAAUCUUUUAAAUACAAUAAUGAGAUUGGUUUUUACAUGUCUCAGAAUAUUGCUGUUCGUAGUGUUAGCAAUGAAACAUUGAUCAAUAUUUGUCAAAGAUUUAUCUACUGGGGUAAUUGUUUUAAAUAUUUAACGAACUUAAUUAUACCAAAUUCACACAGUGGAAAAUUGUCACAAGAAGGCCUUAUAUACAAGGCAAUGUGUAUGAGUAUCAAAGAAAUACUUCUUUAUUACAAAGCUGCUCUUCUGCGAAUUUUUGAACAUAUUAAUGAAUAUACAGGAUUACUGAAUGUGUUAAGUAAAGUCCAACCAGUGGCUCUCUUAUUGUCAGAAGUAACUAAGCUUUGUCAAUGCAAUAGGGAAAACGGAAAAAUGGGUGAAAAUUGCAAUAUUUUUGCGAUAGUUAACAAAAUGAUUACAAAGAUCACCCUUCCCCAAAUAGCAUUUGCUUUGUAUACUAUUUUGAAAUCAUGCUGCGAAGUUUAUUUUCGAUUUUUACAGAAAUGGCUGUUCGAAGGUAUAUGCCACGACGUUUAUGGAGAAUUCAUGAUUAAAGAACAUUCACAGUUUCUACGUAACAAAGGUCCAAAAUUUUGGACCAAAAGUUUUACUGUCCAUCACGAGUCAGUUCCAAGUUUUCUAAAUCGAUUAACAGAAUCUAUAUUACAGUGUGGGAAAGCAGUAAGACUUUUGAAAAUAUGUGAUCCUAAGAAUCCUGUGUGUAAUGUUUUUAAUUCUUCACAACCAGAAUUAAAAGUAUGCUUAAGCGUUACAAUGUUACGUGAACAGUUAAUAAAAUGUAAAGAAUACAAACAUAGAGGAGAAGAAGCUCUAGGUCGGCCGAUAUCACUUUCGGUGGCAAUUCAGGAUCAAAAAGAUGCUGAAAGAGAGAAGGCUAAUCUAGUCAUUAAUGCACAACAGGAUACAUUAAUGAGAAUAAAGAGAGAGCAAGAAGAAUUUUUGAAAAAUACAAUUGAAAACAAAAGAGAACUUUUAAAAGUACUAAAGGAGCAAGCUAUUGAAGCUAACUUAUACAAAGUAAAAGAAAAGGAAGCAGAAAUGUUAACCGACAGAUUACUUAUGGAAAAGAAUAACCAGAGAGAAGAAGAAUUAUAUAACUGGAAGUGUUCUGAAAGCGCUUAUUUGAAAAAUUAUUAUACCGAUCUUGAAGCUACCAUUCAGAAGCAACGCGCACGUAUAGAAUGGUGUAAUAAAAGAAUGAAAUAUUUUGAUAAAAGGGUAGCUGCAUUAUCUAAAAUGGAGGAAGAUAUGUGGAAAUGUACGCAUAUAUCAGAUACACAAAUAUUAAAGAAUUUAGAAAACAAUGAAACUGAAAGUGUUAUAAUACCUGCAAAAAAUGUUUAUAAUCUUCAACAUGUUCUAAAUAAUAUUGAGUCAAAUACAUUGUCUGACAAUAUUGCGCAGGAAGACGAAAAUAGUAAUUUCGAAGAAGUCAAAAUUAUGGAGAUACAAACGUUAAAACCUCGUGAGAUUAUCUGCGCCGAUAAUAUCAACAUUAUUAUUCGGUCUGAUGACAAACAAAGUGCGUUAGCAAAUAUUUCUGACAAUAAAAAUACAAAUAAACAAUUUCCAAUUAUCUCCGAUACACGGAGUACGAAUAUGUUAGAAACACCCACAAAUAUGAAUAAUAUUUAUAAAUGCAAUAAUGAGAGAAGUAGUUUGCAAGAAUUUUUACGAAGCGAAGUAGUAAAAGAAUUAAAAUCGGAAGUGAUUAAAAAUCCAUUUAAAGUACAAUCGGUCAUUAACGAUGAUAUUACGAAUACGUUAAUGAGUCGUGAACAAACCAAUGUGGAGACACAUAAUAACGAUAAUAGAAUUUUCGAUAGACCUAAAGUUCUCGAGAUAGAGAGACUUGAUAACAUGACAGAAGCACAGCGUAAUAAAAUGAAAAUGUUGAAACAUGAGUUUGGCAUAACGCCAAAUAACAAUCAAUCAAAUUUAUUUUUUGUGGAAAGAAGACCAAUUUCGGAUGAUUUUAUUAUUAAAGCCGAUAGUCCCUCUGAGGAUAAUAAUCGAAAUUAUGAAUCAAAUGAUGUUACAAAUAAUACAAUUAACGUUCAAACAAAAUGCAUCGAUGCAAUAGGAAGUAUUACGAAAAAUUGUAAAGUAGUCGGAGAAUUGAAUACCGAAGAGAAUUUUGAAUUUUUCGGUAAAGUCAAUAAUAUCGACGAAAUUGCACAAAGUUCUUCUACGAUAGAUAAUUUCGCAUCAUCUGUAAAUAGUAUUAUGUCAAAUUUACAAACUUAUGAAGACAUUUCUCCUUUAGAUGUCAAUAGUUUAUCUUCAUCAUCAAACACUAAAUGCAAUGCUGCCCAGAACAUUUUAUUUCCAGAACAUUACAAUGUCAACAUUUCUACGCCUUCGACUUCAAAUGAUGAUGUUAAUACCUCAGACUUUACAUCAUUAACUAUAGCUGAUGUUGAAUUAAUAGACAAGACAUCUCUACAGGUUUAUUUGGAAAAAUCAAUUAUUAUACCAUUGCAAAUACAAAGUCGUAUUGUUAAUGAUGCUCUUAUUAAAUAUUUAUUAAAUGAGCAUAAUAUGCUUUUACAUUUGCAAAGCUUAAGAAGUUACUUUUUCUUAUUAAAUGGAGAAUUUGCCAAAUGCCUAACAAAUUCUUUAUACGCUCGUCUAUAUGAAAUAUCCGUACCAAUAGAACUUUUCAAUUCAGCCACUCUAACAAAUGUAUUGGAGCGUGCACUUAUUAGCUCUUUCAGCAGCAAUUACAUGAAUUCGGAAUUGCUUAGCCUUUCGGCCAUUGAUACCCCGAUGCAGUUACACAUAUCUGAUCCCCAUGCCUUGGAUUGUUUGUGCCUUAGUUACAAAAUUUCAUGGCCUUUAAAUAUUAUCUUAGAUGACGCAGUUAUGUUACAAUAUAGCAAGGUAUUUAAAUUUUUGUUGAUGAUUGGUAGAGUACUCUGGGUAUUACAGGAGGAUUUUCGUAUGAUGAAAGUUGAGCAUGAAGCAGCCAUGUCAGAACAAUAUCAUAAGCUUCAACUGUACAGGCAUUCAAUGACACAAUUUAUCAGUGCACUUCAUAAUUAUAUAACUUGCAGUGUAUUACAUGCAAGUUGGAUCGAAUUUGAGAAAGAUUUGUGUAAUUCUUUGACUCUAGAUCAGAUUCGAUUUUCACAUGUAAAUUAUAUUAAAAGAAUAUUAUCAAGGUGUAUACUGAACACUCGUGGUGAAAAAAUGCGAACAUGCUUGGGCAAUAUUUUUAAAGUUAUAUUGAAGUUUCAUAAUCGAUUGAGAUCUCAAAGCUGGAUUUCUAAUUCAGAAGGUCAUGUCCACCCUAAUUUUAAAAAAUUAGAACAAAUGUAUGAGGUUUUCUGUGAAUUACGGAUAUAUCUAUCUCGUAUAGCUCAUAAAUUAACUACUAGCGGAUAUCAGCCACACUUAAUACAUUUUCUUAAUACUUUAAAUAUAAAUCAUAUGUAUGAUUUAACAGAGAAAUCAUCUUAG